AUGACUCCCCCACCUAUUCAAGUCUUCCUCACCACCAUCGCAUCACAGGUCGAGCUCAGGCGGCGCCAGGAGUACCUCCUGCGCGUGCUGCAGGUCAAGAAGAUCUCGUUUACGUCGUAUGAUCUGGCAUCGGACGAGGACGCCAAGCGGCUGUGGAAGAGGAAGGCCCCGCUAGACAAACAGCAGCUGCCAGGAAUUCUGGUUGGUGGCGAAUUCGUUGGCACCUUUACUGAAUUCGAAGAUGCCAUAGAAUUCAAUGAGCUGGACAUAUUCCUUCGCCGCAACGAGGAUUACAAACCAUUUGCCGACGAACCACCAGUGCAACCACAGCAGCCGAUAGGUGUGCCCGGUGCAUAUUCUCCGCUGCAGAUGUUCCCGAAGCACGCGCCCUCGCGGUCACCAUCCCCGUCCCCGCAAGCCGCAUCAAGGGCUGAGAGGUCUCCUGACGCGCUUCCCGCUGCUGACCUCUAUGAUGGCUGCGGCGACAUUCUUCUUCAUUUCAUUCGUUAUCCUUGCAUCUUGCGUUCUGCCCGCUGUUGA